CUGUGGACCUAUCAAUAUAAGUCCUUGUAUUGCCUUCACAGCUGCAGAGCUUAUGAAAAAUAUAUCUUUAUUCCUAGAAUUGGUUUAUCAAAAUAAAACCUCUACUCGUCAUGAUUUUUCUAUUAAGAAACCUAUAUCAAUUUAUGAAGAUAUUAAUUUACAAGAUAAUCAAGUUGAAACUAUUAUACUUGAUAAUAAUGAAAAUUAUAUAGAUAAUUCAGUUAUCACACCUUUUGAAAUGAAUGAUAUAUUUGGAAAUUAUGAAGAACAUUAUGUCAAAUCAAUAGAUUUAAUUACUGAAAGCAAGAGAACUGAAGCUGAAAGCAAGAAAAUUGAAGCUGAAACCAAACAACAACUACUUAAACUAGAAAAGAAAAAGUUUAAAUUUGAGCAAAAGAAGUGGGAACAUGAAAAAGAAGAACACUUAUUUUAG